CGACCAUGUUCCAGUGGAAAUUAACAACUAAAAGUAAAUUCCAUCCAGAGUAAAAAAAAAAAAGUGUAAAUUCCAUUAAAAGUAAAAGAAGUAGAAAAUUUGUAUAAUACAAGCUUCUAUCUUGUGUAUUUUCACGAAAGAAUCAUUCACGUCUCUAAAAAUACACUGUCUUAUACAUUUAUAUCUAACAAUAAUAAAUAAAAUAUCUGACAAGAAUUGGUCAUUUUGAUCAUUUUGAUAGUUGACGAGUAUUCAUUGACGCCCGGUGUACAAAAUUACAAGUCGGUUUCAGUGUUUAAAUACAGUAGGUGUCGUACGAAUGGCGCACGAAAUGUCCCCAAAUUUCACGCUGACGCUGAUAAAUCAGAAAGAACGUUGAAACACAAUGUGUCCGCGUCUUUGGGGAGGGAACAUGGUUGGAGAACAUUUAAAAUCGCAUAAACGCGUCCGUGCGCGCGCUUUGCCCGUGUACCAGCAAGAAUUAAGGGAGGUAGGAGUGAUAGGUAGCGGUGGCACGAGUCGACACGUGGCAGUGCCGUUUUGUACAAACAGCAUUAUGCACGCUCGUGCUAACAUAAAUUACUGCGGGUUUAAUAUCGGAUGUCGACGUUGGCCAUGGCCGACCACCUCCUGAGCAAAACACGUUAAAUGCGGCCAGCCAGAUCUCACACUGUCACGAAACGCCGGCUUCUUUCGAGCCUUUCUGAUCGCAGGUGUCGACGACAUUAUCGUCCCAUGCGCUGACCAAUAGUUUUUCCAUUAAAAUCCUCUAAAUUUUCAUACCCUGACUCGCGCAAAUAUCUGGAAAAUUCGUUGGAUAUUCCUCAGCAUUAUCGUCGUACUGAAUUUUAUCGAGAUUUUUUUUCUAUUUCGAAAGGAAAUGUGAAAUGUGGAACGUACUGAUUUAAAGAUUUUUAACCCUAACUCCAAGCUAUUUUUCAAUUAUCUUUUGCUUUUUUUCUUUUUUUUUUUUUUUUUGACAAUUUAAAAAUAUCGACUGCGACUCAACGUAACAAAUUUUCUUCGAUCUACCAGUUUUCGAAUUUUUGCAUCUCUAGAUUCGAGUCUCUGCGUUUUUAAAUCCUUGAAGUACGACAGAGGUAAUUAACAAAUGGUCUCCACAUUGCCAAAGUCGUCGAACGUCUUCUUUCACUCUUCUUAAAAUACGACAGAGAUAAUUUACAAAUGGUAAAUCUCCACAUUUUCGAAGUCUUCUUUCACGAUCCGGCCUAUUAAGGAUCAGCAUCCGGUUUCGAAAGAUCAGAAAGACGCGUCUGGCGUCGGGGAGCGGUGUCAGCCAUCCUCGAAACAUUUCAUUCCGAUGGAAUUUCGAUUCCGAUCCAGAUCCAUUGAUAAACGGGCGGCUUUAAUUCAUGCAGAGCGGUCUGCAUUCCGUCAUUCUCCGCAGGGUGUCCACUUAUCGAGGCCGUUUCAUUCCCUUCUUUCGUUCAUUCUCGCCUUCACAGUCGCUCAGGCUGCUUUCCAAGGGCGUCUCGUAAGGCUCCCCAAAGUCGCUUACAAGCUCUUUCACGCUCAGCAGCCGUGAAAGAGCUUAUUGUGAAAUUUAACCGAGAUUUUCCACGAAUGCCGCCAUUCAUACACGACCGCUUUCCUGUCUUCGUUUAUAUUCAACCAGUCAGCUGUUUGUGAACCCGCGAAACACGAUCCACUGAAUAUUUAAGUUCUUCCUUCCUUCCGUUUCUGCGAGGAUACGCUUUCGUAUGAAUUAUUUGCAACAACUCGCGAUUGUACUCCCUGUAGAAUCUCCUUUCCUACAAAAUCCAGCGUUCAAAUAAUGUUCAAAUUAUCGCAAGUCAAGUACACAUACAUAAUAUAGCUCAAAAAAAUAUUGAUGAAGGUGUAAAAUUAAUUGUACCUUUAUUAAUAUAAAUUAAUCGUCUGUUAGUUUGAAUGUAAAUUAAAUUAAUUAAAUUAAAUAAUCCUUCAACCUUGCUGUUUACACGUUUCUUCCUUACUAUUCCCUGAACACUAUUCCCCGCUACUGAAAACAUCAUAAAUUGGCUGGUCGUCCUUCGAAUUGCCAUUGCACGUGAAACAACGCGAUCGAACAGCUACGUGUAUACGUAAACGUUACCGUGUGGUCUCCCUCGGUGAAAAGUUAGCAACGGGUGAUAUCUCUCUUUGUGAUGAACAAUGUUCAAACCAUCGCAAGUCAAACAAAAUUAGACGACUCGAAAACUUGUAGAUUAGAGAAUUUCCUGACUUGGGAAUGAAUACGUUCGCAAAGAAUACGUUUUUUUUCCUUAAUUACACCAACUUAAUUUCACAGCAUAGUUCACUCUGUUUUACAUAUUACUUCAAAGUGUAACUAAUUUCACGAUGUAACGCGCGACGUGUAAUAAGUAAAAGUUUCUUUUAUAUCCGCCGUGUUUCGCUACAAACACGGCGACGUUUAUAGUUACAGGCGGUGUAGCGAUGGCGGAAGUGACUUUUAUUAGAAAUCCCUACCCUCUGCCGGAUGUAGUGCGCGAAGGAGUGUGGCUACGAGAACCUGUACUAGGUAGUAAAGUUUCGCCGAAGGAUAGAGACUGGAGUGCCAAGUUGAAGGCCCACGAACGUCUGUUCGCGCAUCACACGCUAAACAGUAUACGCAGAGAUAAUAGACUUCAGAGAUCACAGGUACCAGAGGACGCUCUAGAUCUGGCUCUUACGACUGUAUACGUUCACAGCAGAGAUACACUGGUGCCGAAAAGCUACGUGCCGGUGCAGCCAGAAACUUUAGGACAGAGGACGUGGCGUGUUUUAAAGAAUCAAAUCGAGGUUUACAAGACGCCGGACAUUCCGGUGGGGAAAGAUCCGAUUUCGUUGCUUCUGAAGAGAGCGGAGUGUUAUCACGGACCGGUGCCGGAGAGACGGGUCCAUCCGAGUAGCGUGAAAUUAAAUAUCUCCGGACCUCACUCGGUUCAAUCUAAUCCCGGAUACAGUCGCAAAAUCGACGGAACUUUUUACAAUAUUUAAAGAGUAUUUAAACACGGAUCUGCAUGGUGUUUGAGAUGAAAACCUGGCAGAGAGAGAGAAAGAGAGCUGUGCUAACAGCCGUAUUUGAGGAAAUUAAAUCAACGAUUUUAUGAUUAUUAUCCGCACUCGUCAGUCGCUUCUGUGUGUUUAUGAAUACGCUGUCAUUCUACCGCAAUUCCCCUCUCGUUCGUGCUCGAUUAGCAAAGUGCUUCGUUUAAUAGUUUAUUCUGUACAAUUUUACCACUGGAGGAGUAAAAAUUUCGAAAAGCAAU